CCCUUCCAACUCGACUUUCAUCCUUUCACUUGCGCCUGCACCUGCACCUGCACCCAUCUAGACGAGCCGCUCUCACCCUCAGCCCUUCGACUUGGAAUCUAUCUUGUAUCCCAUUAUUGCUAUCAAAUAUCACCAUCAUCGACUGUCGAAGGUACCUCCGGCCAGUCCAACAGACCGCAGCCCGACCGUCCGCUCAUUUGUCCGCCCUCCUCUCCAAAACAAAGCGACGUCAACAAGCCCACUUCCUUGCAUUCGUCGCAGCAAAACAAAGGAGCAAGAAACCAAGCUGCGCUUCCAGACAAUCCUCCUGCAUGUAGUUCCCAAGCAAUCCAGCAGGCUCGUCUCUAUGGGCCACACACUGUUGCUCAGAACAAGGCCCCCGCUAUUUCCCAGUCCGAUCAUAGGCCGACCGCAAAGGAUUCAUACAACCACGCCUGAUGGUCUCGGUAUAGUCUUCACCCGUGUGAGAAGAUGAGCGCAUUCGUGCGAGUGACUGGUCGUCCCAACACGAAUUUCCUGGUCGGGUAUCCGGGCAUCUCUGCCACUUUGCCACGCAUCGAAGGAACUGUCGAACUACGUCCCGGUGCCGGUGUAUCAAGCCCCGUCAACGUCUCGAUAAUCACGAUCGCUCUCCAACGACGAGAGAGCAUCCAUCCCCAUGCUGACUCGAUGGCCAAGAAGCAUCUGGCUGCGCCCAGAAAGGAGUCGACGGAGACGGUGGGGAAGGAGAUGUUGCUGUUUCGAUGUCCGGCCAACAGAGAAUACGAGGAGAUCAUGUACAUGGACCUGCCGUUUGUCAUAUUCAUACCAUUUGGUCGGGGUGGUCAAGAGACUGCUCGCAGAGUACCACCUGCAAGCCUACAACUACCGCGAAGGACGGCUGAGACAUUCUAUGAAAUGGUGGUGACAGUGGGAUAUGGCUCGGGAGAUCGCAAACAAUAUGCUUUCCCAGUCCCCAUGUGUCGCUAUGACACGUUGUCAACAUUUGGCAUGUACAAUCGCCCCGAGUCCGCCGAACGAGUAUCCGAUCACCUGGUCACGCUGGGCAUAUCUCUCCCCAGAUGGUCGUACGGACCGCUUGACCCGGUCAGCGUCUAUAUCAAGUUAUCACCCAAUCCGGACUGGCUGAGCAAAGCACGAAAAGUGACGAUUCGCAAGAUCGAAAUCGGAAUCGACGAGGAAGUCAUUUAUAACCAUGAAGGUGAUGAACCCCAAAGGAAAACCAAGAAUUUGGUCCGCAAAACCGAGAACGUCGGCGUCAAAAUGCCUGAGGCCGGCUACUUUACCAACCUCGGAUUGGUCUUUCCGUCUCACGAUGUUCGUGAUGCCGAUGGUAUCAUGCCGCGUGGCAGGGCAGCAUUUCCUCCGUACGCAGUGACAGGUUUCACGACGACGGCAGGUCUAUACAAGGUGGAAUAUUACCUGACCAUCAAGGCGUCCAUGAAUGGUGCCAAAGAUAUUGUACUGCGGCAGCCAAUAGUAGUCUGUCCAUACGAUCACGCCAUGUGCAAGGCUGAAAUGGAAGCUAUCGAACAGGCUGCUCGAGAUGCUUCGCACGUUAAUGCUGAGAAUCCAAUGCUGCCGCUCGCCACGAUUGUGCGUGCUUCGGAUCCCAACGCCAUGAGCUGUAUUGGUGUGGCUUUAGUCGGGUCAGUGAAGAAGCCAUUGAUUGAAUGAGGCAGCAAAGCAUCUGGCGAGAACUCGAUACCGAAACGAGUCCGCGACGAGAGCAAAGCUGCGUUUAGCAGUCCUUUUGCCCAGACGUCGUGCGAGAUGAAAAGCCGACAAAGCGAACGGAGCCAUACGAGGUAUGGCUCUACAGUAGUCGGAUCUCACACUCAAGCACGAAAUUUGGAAUGAAGCCUUCAUGCGAGCAUCACCUAUUCGAAAAUGAAGCAACCAGCCAAAACCACGAACAGCCAGGUCUGCGCGCUUGGUGCGUUCCAGGUUAUUGUCGUCUAGACACAUCGAGAAAAGGGUCGCCAAGGAGGCCACGCUUUCUUCCCGCUGCUUCACCCCUGUAAUUCUCAGGAUGGACAACAUGGGAGAUAUCCCCGCUAUCUGCGGUGUUGGAUGAGUCAGAGUUCCAUUGCAGUCCGGACAGAGAACCAGAUUCAGGACCCUGACUAGCUAUGAGCAGCAUCGGCGCCAAAAUGAUUCGGACUGCCAAUUUUUUGUUUGUUUAAGCUAUGCAUGGCGUUGGAUUGGACUAAGAUACCUGAGGUUAUCAUGAAGCGAUGUCUGGGGUUGAAGUAAUGCCUGAAUUGAAUCAUAUCAUUGCAUUCUUUAUCAGCCU